CUUGUUUGACUUGUCGGACUUCUCAUGACUAGUUACAGUACAUCUAUCUACAUGAAUAAGUGGUAUUGUUCUCUGCGCUGCCACCACUCCGCGGUAACGUGCGCUCGCAGUGCGCAUAAGCUUAUGCGGCUUGGCGCGAGGUUCAAAAGUCCGCUUUAUGCCAUGCGCUAACUAUGUGACCACUCCUCAAGAGUCUCUUAGAAGGUUGAACAGGGAGCACCACGGGGCAAAUGCGUAUCAGACUGCGAUUGGAUUCUUCUUUUCCUCGCACACUCGUCAGCGUCGCAUGUUUUAGAGCAUCGAGUGCUGAUCGUGAGCCGUCGUGGAUCGUAAGGCGGCGCGCGGUAAGUUAACUUAGGCAUCAUGAAUACCGCCGAAGCCUGCGCUUCGUGCCGAAGACGGAAAGUUAAAUGCGACAGGCAGCGACCAAGCGCCAACUGUGCGCGCACAAAGCAUGAGUGUGGCUAUCCACCUGGCCGUGGGAGGGCCCCAAAGCAACCGCGCAACCGUGCAUUGGAGGCCCAACUUGCGGGGCGAUUAUGUACUGUACCCAACAGGACCAGGGCCAGUCAACCUGUGCAGCCUGGAGUGCCGCCAGCAGAAGGGCUCCUGGUCCAAGAUGGUGCCUCUACUCGAUACAUAGAUGAGGUGCUCUUUGCGCACGUGCUUGAGAAGGCUAGUAGUAUUGACUUGGAUAACGACAUUCGAUCGGCUAUCAGUAGCCCUAGGAGUAUCGAUGCAAGUAGUCAGCGGCCAUUCGAUACAUGCGAAUUCGAUGGCCUUAUCUCAGAUCCCAUGCCGGCCUCGUACUGUCGAAGUCCGUCGCGCAAACAAGCAACGCAGCUGUGGCAGGUCUACCUGAAUAACGCCGACCCCCUUCUGAAACUUCUCCAUAUUCCUAGCGUUAACUCUCUUGUUUUCGCGGCCAUAAAUAAUCCGGAAGAGGUAACCGCAGGCACGAGCGCGCUUCUUUUCGCAAUUGACUUCGCCGCCGUCACCAGUCUACCAUCCCCGGAUACUAUCCUGCUCUUAAAUCAGGACCGGCCGUCCGCGCUCAAUCAAUUCCAGCGAGGACUAGAAAUAUCUCUUCAUGCGGCAGUGUUUCUGGAUUCGCCCACUAUUACCACUUUACAAGCGAUGACGAUCUACCUGAGAUGUCGUCGAAGUCAUAGUGGUGGCCGUUCGGGUUGGGCUCUCAAUGGCCUCCUCAUCCGCAGCGCCCAGUCGAUUGGGCUUCAUCGAGACCCGGAACAUUUUAAGCUCACGCCGCUGAAAUAUCAUGGGCUCUCGACUGGUUGGGUGGUGAAUUCAUAUAUUUGCGCGAAAACAGAUGUUGCCCCAAUCCCUGGAGAGGGAUGGACCGAGAUGAGUUUGUUUCUAACAACCGCAGAGCUCAAUGGAGCAUUCCAGCGAGCCUCUCGACUCUCCGUAGGGGUACUUAACAGCCAGAACCCCAUGGACAGCUUGGAGCAACUGUCAGAGCAUGUACAAGAGAAGAUAGAAGCGAAAUACUUGAGGUAUUGCGAUCCCAACAUCCCGCUGCAGAAGGCUGCCAUCUUGCUGAGCCGAGUUUUACUUGGAAAGCUCAGCGUUUUCAUCCGGCAACAAUACCUGAGAAGACUGCGUGCGGAGAAAUCCACUGCUCGUGCGGUGGAGGAAGCAUUUGCACUAGCAUGUGACACCUUGUCUCUAAGCAUAGAGUUGAAAGAGGACGAGCUUCUAAGCAGUUACCAGUGGCAUUUCACCACGUAUCCCCAAUAUCACCUGCUUACCUACACAAUGUGGCAGCACUACGUCCGCCCGGACGUGCCCAGGGCAGAGCGAGCCUGGGAGCUGGUGAACAAGUCAUUCAGCAUGACCGAACUUGGUUCCAGACCUAGUCCCGGGCCAAAAUGGAAUGCUCUGCGCAGGCUGCGAGAGAGGGCAUUGAGUAUGUGCCGCGUUCGUCAAGCCGCACGGAUUCCUGCAGUAGAUGCAGUGAACACGGAAGCCGACAACACGCUGGCUGAGAGGCUAAGUGAUGAGGGGCUCGAUGAGGCAUUUAGGGACGAUGUACUCUGGGAUCUGGAUUCAGUAUGCUUUCCAGAUUGAUCGACCUUCCCUCUAGCAUUGUGACGGGGGAAUGGAAUUAAAUAGAUCAAGUCCAAAGGUUGUAUAUCUCCUUCGAUAUACCGACGAUUUAUCAAAGUAAUCUAAUCUCGAAAUUGGGGUGAAUCCGACCCAGCGUCAUGGGCGCAAACAUGGAAAGCGGCCAAGCCGAAGGCAUAUUACUGGUUUUUGCGCAAGCCACUGAGAUCCUGAAAUGUAAUAAUCACUGUAGUGUCGAAGUCGAGCGGUGUAUGCGAGGGGUGGAUGGGGAUGGUGUUCCUCGUGAUUCCAUCGCGGCUGCGCUUUGAUAUCAUGGUGUAGCCCGAAAGGCAUAAGGCAUGCAUAUCCAAGGAGAAGGGAAG